AUGAUUGCCUCUAUUAUGGUUGACCACUUACAUCGUGUCUCCCAAGACGAGAAAAGACCUGGCAUCGCGUUUGCUUUCCUUAGUUACCAAGCACAACUGAAGCACAACUUCAUGUCAGACCUGCUUCGGGGGCUCCUAAAACAACUGAUCCCGAACCCAGUUCCGGAUGAGGUGACAAAGCUCUACGAAUACCAUACUCAGAAAAGAACGCCCCCUUCCUUGGACAAGGUCCGCGACACAUUGUGCAAGGUCAUAAAGCGCUUCUCAAGGACCUUUAUUGUUCUUGAUGGAUUGGAUGAAAUCCCAGUCUCUGAGGGACUUCGAUCAGAGAUCGUUACAGAGCUGUUCAAAAUUCAAGACACUGUUUGUGCCAAUAUUGCUGUAACGUCAAGGCCGAUCUCUGGGAUAGUGGAGAGCUUUGAAAAAAGAGGAAGUAUUCGGCGCGACAUACGUGCCACCGAGGACGACGUGCGCAGAUUCAUCAAUAGUGAGAUUCUGACGUUCGAGACUUGGAUUCGGGAAGCAGAUGGCUUGGAACGGAAGAUAACCGAUACGGUUAUGAAGAUAACCGAUGGAAUGCAAGUAGGACAACCCAAACCAUAUCAAGAUGAUACUGAUGAUGCUAAUAGGUUUCUGCUCGCGCAAUUACAUCUGGAUACCUUACGUCGAGAAACAACCGUUGCAAAUGUCUUAAGAACGCUAGAAGAUCUGGCAGCGGGUUCCAUGGCCUACAACAAUGCAUACGGGAAUAUUAUGACGAGAAUCACUAAUCAGUCUGGAAACUAUAAAAAGCUUGCACUCCAGGUGCUAUCAUGGAUCACCCGGUCGCACAGGCCAAUUCGGAUUCCAGAGCUACGGCACGCGCUUGCGGUUUCAGCCGGUUUAUCAGAGCUCGAUGAGCAAAACAUCCCUCCUCUAUCCGUGAUAGUUGAGGUGUGUGCUGGGCUGGUCACUUUCAGCGAAAAACGUGCGACUAUUCAGUUGGUCCAUUACACAGCAUCAGAGUACUUCGAGAAAUCCUGGACAUUGUGGUUCCCCGAAGCCAAUCAAUACAUGGCCACAGUUUUGAUCAACUAUCUGAGCUUUGACCGAUUUUCUGUCCCAUUUGCUCGGACUUGGAUAGAAUACCACGAGCGGCUUGAGUUAGAUUCUCUUUAUGAUUAUGCUGCCCGUUAUUGGGGUGAGCAUGCAAGGGAGGAAUACCCCCAAAUUAGAGGACUGGUUGCUGGGUUUCUACGAAACGCUAUGAACUUGGUCAACAGUGUUCACGUCUUAACCCUCUCAGACCAGUUCUCGGUUGGUCUGUUCCCUAGACUAGAGCGCGUAACGGGCUUGCAUGUCGCAGCAUAUUUUGGGAUUAUCGACCAAAUCAGGGAACUCAUCGGAGAAGGAGCAGACCCAGGUGUGGCAGACAGCUCUGGUCAGACUGCCCUACACUGGGCAGUGAAAAAUGGGCAGCUACAGGCAAUCGAAGUUCUGUUUAAUGAGGGCCUUGAUGUGAAUGCACGGAACGCCGAGUUCGAAAGUCCGUUGCAUUACGCUGCCAUCCAGGCUAGCGAAGGCUUGGUGGGAUCCCUUGUCAACCUAGGGUCACAAGUUGAAGCUAAAAAUAGCGCGGGCGAAACCCCUCUCCUUGUUGCUGCUAGGAGUGUGAAUCUAGGAGCCCUGAAAUGCCUUCUUAGCAGUGCCGCAAAUCCAAAUGCCUUGGACAAUAUGGAUCGCAAUGCUUUGCAUCUGACCAUAACUGCCUCAAAAAAAGAGUGUACCGAGGCUGUGCAAUUGCUCCUCUCAUACGGUGUCGAUUUUCGCCUGUGUGACGCGCAGAAUAUGACGCCUCUUCACUACGCGGUUGCGGAAGGAAAGGAUGGGAUCGUCGACCUACUCCUUGAAGCAGGUGCUGACAUCAACAUGGGAGUACAAAGAAAGUUUAGCAAGAACAGCCCCUAUCCCAUCUGCACAAAGGCAGGCAUACCACCUAUUGCAGUAAGGGAAGAUGAUCAUGAGCCCGUUGGCCUUACGCCGCUCCAUUUUGCAGCUUGCGCGGGGCAUAGUAGGAUGACAGAGUACCUUCUAAGGAAAGGUGCUAAUCCGAACGCACGAUGUUACUGUCUAGACACGCCAUUACAUGUGGCCAUCCGCAGAGGCCUUCUAGAUGAACGGAGAGACCGCAAAAUAUCAAUGCACCGGUUUGUACUGCCUAAAGAUGAUGCUUGGACUGAUGACAGGUGGCAAGUCGAGGUUGUGCAAGAUCAUAUCUCCGAUUACGAAUUGGAGGAGGCGGACAAGAUCUUUAGCUAUAUAUCGGAGCAGCGGUUGGGCGUGGUCAAUGCCCUACUUAAAAGCCCCACAAUCGAAGUGAAUCCCGAAAACGUCCAACGCGACUGUCUCCUGCAUGUUGUGAGAUACGAAUCUCCCAGUGCAGCCGUCAUUGUGUCUAGAUUACUUGAUAUGGGGGCUGAUGUUUCCGCCUGUAAUGGCAAGGGCGAGUCUAUUUUGCAUCUUGCCUGCGCAGCAAACGCCUCUUCUAUAGUUGAUGACUUGUUGGAUAGAGGCUGUUCUAUUGACACUAUCGAUUAUCAAGGCCUUAGUGCGUUGCGUUCUGCCAUUCGAGCGGGAAGCUGCGAAACUGUCCGAACAAUAUUCAGCAGAGACGAAGACACGGCCAGAGGUUACUGCCUUGAUGCGGACGCCAAAGGCCGCACCCUACUCCAUCAUUACCUGCAGGACGACAUUGUCCUGAGUGACAUGGUGGAUUUACUAUUGUCAUACGGCGCCAAGGUGGAAUGUACUGACAACAACGGGCACACCCCACUGAGCACCUAUCUAAGCACAUUCAAGUUUGGAAAUCGAGUAGAAACCUGCCAGCUUCUCCUGGAGCAUGGUGCUAAUGCUCGUUGGAAUGCUCCCGACGGCAGGAACCUAGGCCAUCUCGCAGUUUGCCACCACACAAUGAAGCCUCGGGUUUUGGAAGCCUUGUCUGAGUAUGGCCUCGAUCUCUCAAAGAAGGACAAAGGCGGGAAAAGCAUCGUACACCAUGGGGCCAUUAGCGGAUCACUAAGCUUGGAGACUGCAACAUUUCUCUAUGAAAGAAAUCUACUAGAUCUGCAUUCCACAGAUUACGGUGGAAAGACUCCCCUUGAUUAUGCAUUGAAGGAAGCUAAUAAAGAGAGACAGCCAUUUAACCAUGCCCGGAACAGAUGGAAGCACACUUUGGAGACCUUGCAGAACUUUUAUUAA